AUGACCAAGUUUGAGCGAGACCUUGACGUCAGCGACACGAGUGAUGCGGAUGCUCUCAGACAGCACGAGUACGCUUGGGUUGAACCCGUCCCAGACGAUGGCCUCCGUUGCCCAGCUGAAUACCCUGUGCAGGUGGGCAUCCAGCGCGAAUUCACCGCGAACACGUUCUUGUGGACGUUCACAUGCAACGGCGGUGGCGACUAUAUGGCGGUGAACUGCAGCGACGACGCGGUUCGCUGGUCGGCCGACGGCAUUGCCAACAUCACCACCACUGCGAGCGACUCGUUUCUCCAGGUCCGCAAUGCGUCACUGGACGUUAACGGCCGCCCAGCGCUCGACGUGCAAACGUGCAACGUCUCCUGCACUUACGGAUAUGCGUUGAUGGACCUGGCAUGCAAGUGCCCGCCAGGGAGCUUCAUCAACCACACACACCCGGCCCGCGCCUGCCAGCUGUGCCCACAACACACCGUCACGGGAGACUUCGACCAGACUGCGUGUUCAGCAUGCAACCUCGACUUCCAAUACACGCCUGGCCCAGGCUCCAGCUUCUGCACCAUGUGUGCAAAUGGCUUCUACCUUGACCGGGAGGAGUACGUGCAGCGCCCGUGCGAGCCUGGCCACCGCUGCUACUUCUGCGACAGCCAUCCCUGUGAGGACAACACCUACCAGGACGAACCGCAGCAGCUAGAGUGCAAAGUGUGCGGUCUCCAAGUCACAUACAACCGCAGCGCAUGCGCAGUGGACACACAGCCACCAGUCAUCACGUUGCCUGCAGGCAUGGAUCGGUUCGUGAUCAUUCCCAAGGACACGUCACCAGUGCCCACCAUCAACGCCACUGCAUUUGAUGCAUUUGACGGCCCGCGCGACGUGAUGCAAUCGCGUUCAAAAGACGGCAGGACGGUGACGCUGAGUGCAAGCGACAAGGAAGGGCGCACAAGCAGCGUGAACCUGACUGUCAUCUACAUCUUCGAAACCGUCCCCCUGAUUCGCGUGUUUGCAGAGACGAAUACGCCGCUUCACGUUGAGCGUGGACAGGCGCCGUUCGAACCACCGCGCGCAGAGGUGUUCAACAGCAUCCCCGGUGAUGUGGAUCUCAACGGCAACCUCACCAUCACGCAGAAGCCGCUUGUCGACUUUCACGAGCCGGGUGUGUAUGAGGUCGUCUACAAUGUGACCGCGCCCAACGCCCUCGGCAACUACGCUGAGCCCGUCACGCUGACGGUGAUUGUGUCCGACACGCAACCCCCAGUGCGCUUGAGCCGUGUGCCCGCGACAAAUGAAGCUACACGCCCGCUGGAAAUCAACACUUAUCCGCUUGUGUUUGACGCCAGCCCGUUCACCGUCCACGUGCUGUCAAAUCUGACAGCGCUCACGCCGUCCGUCCUGCCGGCCAACAUCUCUGUGCAGCUGCUGCUGAGCGACGCCUUUGGCAACAACGCGACGAUUGCAUACACGUACACGGUGGAGGACACAACGCCACCAGUGUUCACCAGCGUUGCGUCCGAGGUGUUCCUGUGCUCCAACCCAAGCGGGAGCCAAGUUGGCAGCUACGCCAGCCGCCACUCUGUUGCCAUGGACGCCUGGGACGGACAGGUGCCCAUAUCCCAUGAGCCCCCUGUUGUGCACGACGCUGAAAGCGACACGUACACCGUCACGCUCACCACAACAGAUUCGUCGGGAAACUCAAUCUCCACCAGCACUCCAUUGGCAGUGGGCACUGCGUUUGCUGCUGGUGAUGUGGCCAUCGACUGGGCAACGGGGACAGCAGACCCCGCACCCGCCACACCAGACACUGCGCUGUCCCUGGUCGAGGUGGACCUCAAUGCCUUCAUUCCCGUGCACGGCGACUGCCUGUAUUUCCGCCCUCCCGUUUCAACCGCCCUGCCCGUCGAGCCAACGACACUUCCGCCGUCCCUCCCACCGUGGUUCCCGGACACGCUCGUGGGCACGUUUGCGUCGAAUCAGCUGCUCGAGGCGACGUGGGAGACGUGCGGACCCUCGUCCGGUGUUGGCCGUCUCUCCAUCGUCGACACCACAGUGCCCACCAUCACCCUUGAUGGCGACAGCAUCAUCACCUUUGAGGUGGAGCCUGGCGUGCAGCUCGCUGACCCUGGCAUCCGUGCCCACGACGCCUGGUAUGGCGAUGUGUCCACUACGGUGUGCGCUGUCAUCCGCCCUGCACUUGUGUACGAGGAACCGGCACGCGUGCGCCCGCGUGGCCCCUAUGCCUCACACGCAGAGGCGGUUGCAAACGUCGACAAUCUCCAACUUGUGUCAUCUGCGGGCGACACGGAUUUGUUUGAGACGCUCGCGCCAAGCGGAAGCUACGCGUUUAUCGUCUAUUACACCCUCACCCUGCCGCACAAGCAGGUUGUCUCGACAACACGCUUCGUGCUGCCCAUUGACACGCGCCCACCGAUCCUCAGGGUGGAGAAUGGUGGCACCGUGACCUGGCCGUUUGGCUUCCGCGCCCCGCUGUUUGCGGGCGAUCACGUGGCUGCCACAGAUGUGGCCGAUGGCGAUGUGUCGUUGCAGGUCAACGCGUCCGCGCUCGCUGCCGUCGACUCACGCCGCCCUGGCUUCUACAUCGUGCCCCUAACGGUUGCUGAUCGGGCUGGCAAUGUGGACAACGCAACUGUGCGCGUGGUUGUGCGCAGCGAGGCUGUCGUGCCUGCGGACAACAACACGCUUGCCAUUGUUGUGGCCGCUGACGCGAGUCAAGCCGCCUCCCUCACACCAGCGGUGGUGCAGGAGUGGCUGUCGCUUGCCCCGCUCUCCUCUUCCUCAAACAACAUUGCGCCGAGCCAUGGUGCCGGCGUCGUGGACACCGCCAACUCGGACGUGGUUGCGGCUGGCCUGGCAUCUUCCCUGCUGGACGUGUGGGUUGUGCACAAUGUCACCCAAGUUGAUUUGCGCGCAGAGGUUGUGUUCCCAGAGCUCGGCCUUUCCCCCAUGAGCGGUGAUGGGCCAGGCGAUGGCGAUGACACGGGUGCCACAUCACCAACAUCACCAACAACACCCACGACGACAACUACGGGUUCGCUAAACGCUGGCCGCGACCCGAACGUCACACCAACGCCGCUUUCCUCAUCAGCGACGACAACAACAGCAUCCGAUGCACAGACGGCGCCGGGUGAUGCGGAUGAUGCCGGUGCAAGCAGUGUCACGACAGCAACAGCAACCACAACAACCGCGGUACACGCGGGGCGAACCAUCAGCACGCCAACUGGCACGCCGUCAACAACGACAAGCACGUCAGCGCUGGCUGGUGGCAAUGGAACCAGCGCCAGUGAUGGCGGUGACAGCGUGUACCUCCUCGUCACGGUUGCCACGCACGACCGCCGCACUGCUGCUGUGGUGGAUGCGUUGGCGUCUUUGCGAGCGCGCGCGAUCUCCGGCCGCUACGCUCGCACGGAUGCGCCCUUCUUUGUUGUUGCCGCGCACGUCAAGCCGCAGAUACUGGCGGCCCUGGCCGGACCCCCGUCCACGUCCACAGCACCAACCACCAGCAGCGCAACAACACCAACACCAACAACAACACCAACACAUUUGUCGUCGUCGUCGUCAUCAUCAUCAACAGCAGGUAUGACGACCACGGCUGCGAGUGGGACGACGUCGGUGUCUGGCGAGAUGAACGGCAGCGCAGCCGCCAUCCCAAUUGUGCCCGUCGCUGCCGGUGCCGGUGGUGGUCUACUGCUCAUCAUCGCCAUCAUCGUCAUCGUCAUGGUGCGACGCCGUGGCAGCGGCGGUGGUCGCAGUGGCCGGGGCGCGUGGGACAAGUUUGGUGAACAUGACCGUACCAUCAGCCUGUUCGCCAACCCGCUGUACAAACCCGAUGGCUCGAGCAGUGCCGUGCCGACGGCGCCCGGUACGUCAACAGCAGUAACGACGACAGCAGCAACGCCAACAGCAGUGGGGCCGACACCGCCCGCGCGGAUGGCGUGGGGCGAUCCAACAACACACACGCUGCAGACAGCAGAGGAGCGGGCGUUUCACGACAAGCGGUGGAACGAGGGCAAUUACGACAUCAACCCGCCCCGACACGAAUACAUGCAGCCCGUUGUUGGCGGUCGUGGCGGUGGCGCUGUGUAUGCGGAGUAUGCCAGCCCGGACCAAGGCACGGCUGGGGACCAGGGCGCAAUCUACAGUACAGCAGCCACAGCGCGCAACCCGGCGUUUACCGGGCACAACAGCAGCAGUGAUCCAGACAGCAGCAACAGCGGGGGCGAUGACUCAUGGAAGCAAGCCCUGUUCACCAGCGACUAUGUGGAGGCACCAAGCAUGCAGUCACCACCGCCGCAGGCGCCGCCACACGACGCAGGCGCGACGGGGGCGGGCAUGUUUGCUGGGGUGGUGGCCAACCCGUCCCAUGGCGUGUACGUCAACACAACCUACGAGAACGCAGAUCUCGCACAGCCAGCACGCACCACUGCGGGUGCAACUGACAUUGCAGCGAGGGCAAACAACGCUGGUCCGCAGCCAGCACCACGGCCACGGCCACGACCACGACCACGCCAACAGCAGCAACAACAGCAAGAACGACAGCAGCCAGGCGGCACGUAUGCAAUGCCCAAUCUGUUUCCACCACCAAUGGAUGAGGACGUGCACGCAUAG